AUUACAAAAGAACUUUACCAAAGCCUGCAGCACCAAGAUUGGUUGAAGCUGGAUGGCAAACGAUACAAUUACAGUUUAAUACGACAGAAUUAGACGGACACAGUGAUCUUCAUUAUAUUUUGGAAGUCAAGCCACAAUGGGACCUUCGGGAGAGUAAUAAUGUCUUUGUUGUGUUUCCUUACACAAGGAAAUACCACAAUGUAAGUGGAUUUUGAUUUCAGUUAUAUACCCAUCCUUAAAAAGGCCAAAUUCAUAUUGCGAUCGCAGUAUCAUGUAUUCCAUUUAUUUAUUCAGUUCGUAGAAAAAAUAGGCUUAAUGAAAGAAUGUGUUUAAUUAAAGACAAGGCACUGAAAUUAAAGAAAGGACAUAUCAUGCUCACGCCUAAGUCAUUGCCUAAAAGAAAUAUUGAUAAUGUCAUUGAAUUAGUUUUCGGUAUACAUGGUCCAUUGCAAAAUAGUAAAUUAGGCUUAUGAUCUUUACACACCCGACCAUAUAAGAUUCUGCAUUUGCCACGACGAUCGACAAUCCUCGUUUCCAUGUAUGUACAAUUUCUGUAUUGAUUCUGAUAAUAUGAUAAUGCAUUUUACCCACUAUAGACCAGCCAAACAACAUAUGUUGUUGAUGAUCUUGAACCGAAUACUGGUUAUAAAUUCCGCGUAAUCGCUAUAAAGCUGAAUGAAUCGUCAUCAUAUAGCAACUGGAGUAAUAUUAUUAAUACAAAAA